AUGUCGUAUACAAGUACAAGACCCCUCCUCGUCUUCCUCCAUUACUGGGGCGGCUCCUCUUCAACAUGGCACAAAGUCAUCUCUCUGGCGAAAGAGGAAUAUCCCAUCCUCUCCCUCGAUCUACGCGGCUGGGGCCAGUCUUUCUGUCCAGACGAUCCAACCGCCUAUUCUAUUUCCAUCAUGGCGGAUGAUGUGGCGGGCACUCUCGAGAAGAUGGCGGACGAAAGACAGACCUCCCUCGACAAUGGAUUCAUUCUAGUCGGACAUUCGAUGGGGGGCAAAGUAGCUCUCGCCACGAUACCAGCCUUGUCAGAUCGCAUACGAGGGAAACUGCACUCCCUCGUCCUCGUUGCGCCUGCACCACCUACCCCGCUGAAACUACCGGGUGAAAUCCAAGAACAACAGCAGAAGGCAUACGCGACCGAGGAAUCCGUCGUGUGGAAUAUCCGGCAUAUCCUCGCGAACAUGGAGAAUCUCUCGGCUGCGGAUGUCGAGAUGAUCGUUCGGGAUAGUUUGUCGGGCCAUGAGUGGGCGAAGAAAGCGUGGCCCUCGUACGGAAUGCAGGAGGAUAUCACCGACUCUGUUGCACGGGCGUUGUCCAGCUUGCAAGCGAAGAAGCAGAUCACAGCAAAGAUACUUGUGGGAGGCUCGGAUCUUGUCGAACCCAGGGAACGGGUGGAGAGUGGUGUUGCUCGGUUCCUACAGGAAAACGGGGUGAAGGUAUCUCUGCGUGUGGUAGAGGGAGUCAAGCAUCUAUUGCCUUUGGAGUGUCCGAAGGUUGUAUAUGAGAUGAUCUAG